AUGCCAAAAAGCAUUCUUCUAAAGCGCCGUGGACUUCCAGAAGAAAACGAGAUGAUGCUCCCUGAGAGCCGGAAAUGCUUAAACCCGGGCAAGCCAGGGAACGGUUGCUUCUACAUAAACCGGCAGGAUUCCGAGGAUGACCCUGGGUUCAGUGAGUGCAGUUCGGACUCCGGUCGGGAGUCGGCAGCAAUGAGCGACAAAGUGCUGCUCAGUCCUGCUUUGUCCACUGAACGUCCGCAUAUUCUGCACUACCGCUCCAACACCGUAUCCAGCUCGUCUUCCUCGGAGAAUCUGCAAAUCGGGCCGGCUCAGUCACCCUUAUCACCCUAUCCCGGGGGACACAUUUCCCUUUUGCCAAGAAUACUGGAGAAUUUGGCUGUAUCAGGUAGUAAUCAAGCGGAGAUUAAAGUCAGCCUGAAGAAUAGCAGUGCCGAUCAGCAGCCGGCAGCGCAGGACACAGGCACAGACAGCGCAUUCAUUCAGCAGCUGCCAGCUUCUUUGCCUCUUAAUAAUGCACUGCAGCCCAUUCAUUCCCCAUGUGAUCAUCAUCAUCAACAGCUCAACGAUGCCACCACAUCUGCGGCUCCAUUACCUUUCUCCUGGCUAUCACCGGCAUCACGAAAACGCAGUAACAGUAUGGGCAACAGUACCGAUACGGCAGCAGCGGUGGGUCCUAAUCCGGCGGCUGCGGCACUCACUGCCAGUAAUACAUCCGCUAAUAAGACCAAACAGCGGAAAACCAAAAAUGGGCGGCGACUCGUCACGGAUGAGGUCACAACAUCUCCGGUGUCCGGCACACUGAUUAAAAUGGCCGACAGCGAAGUGUCGAACAUGCCGAAAGACGUAAUUAUUGUGCGGCGCGGUGAUUUGGACAAAACAACGAAUGUCGUGGAAGUGACGGAGGAAGCCAAGCGGGAGCUGGCCAAAAUCGAGAAUUACAUCGGCGAAUACACCUGCAAGCUGUGUAAGCUGCAGUAUGACGAUGCCUUCCAAUUGGCCGGACACAACUGCUCUCGCAUCGUCCACAUUGAGUACCAAUGUCCGGAGUGCGGCAAAACAUUCCACUGUCCUGCCAAUCUGGCAUCGCAUCGGCGUUGGCAUAAACCGAAAAUGCAGUCUGCCCCCAGUACACCGCGAGUCCAGAAAUCCCUGAGCAUGCCAAAGCAGCGUGAAAAUAGUGCGCCACAGAAAUCGACCAAUGGCACAUUGUCGUUGGAGAACCAGCUGUUGACUUCUCCAGCCAGCAUUCCCGCCUCGCAAAUGCCGUUUAAGAAGCGUUUCUUUUUUGGUAAAAACAAUUCACCAGAAGUUGCAGCAGAGUUACUGUCGGAGGGACCGAAACACGAAACCAGCAAAAAUUUAACCAAAUUCGCACGGGAUACGCCCUACAAGCCCAAGCAAGAAAAUCCGCAUCCGGAAAACUUCCGCUGCCAAGUAUGCCAUGGUAUAGUCCACGGAGCCGAACACUUUGCUCGGCACUGGCAUGAAUGUCUGCUCGCCGCCAGCAAAAAUUGGAGCAUGGUUUUCUUUCCCAGCAAACGUCCUUGA